AUGUCGAGCCCGUGGGAUCGCUACGCAACAGCCUCUUCAGACGACUCCCGCGAAUUCCUGGUUUCUGUCGAGCUGUAUAUCUCAAACGCGGCAGGCGCUACGCUACGCAAGCCACUGGCGAAGAACAAGAAGUCGGAAAAGCGAGACUCCACCGGUGAGGAUGCAAGGCUGAAAGAGAAGGCCAGUUCCACCUGGUUGUCACUGCAGAGGGGUUUGAACGGAGCUGGACAUUGGAGGUCUGCAACAUGCAAACUGCUAGAGGAAGGAGAACGCUGCCUCUUGAAUGUCUAUGUUGACGAGAGCAUCUUGUAUCAGACGGUCUACGUCCAUCUCCUGAACCAAACCGAUAUCCGCCAGGCAGAGAAUUCCCUCUUUUAUAGAAAGGACUGUUUGGGCAUAUUCUGUAUAGCAGGACAACGAUGGACACCCUCGAACACAGCCGAACCUCUAUACAUUCAAUUCGCCAAUGCUGACACUUGUGCGACGUGGCAGGCUCUCCUCAAGUCCUAUGCCAUUCCAGAAAUAUAUGGACGGUGGUUCUUUCCUCUCGAUGGAGGCUCGUACCGCAUGUGGCGGCAAGUGGAGCUUACAGUAAUACAAGGGAGAAAUUUAGGUGUCACAAAGCAUGAUUCGGGACCCUCCAACAACGGUGACCCCAAUGAUGGCGAUGGUGGAGACGUCGACGUAUCAUGCGAGAUCCAUUUAAACGACAUUCUGUGCAGUCGAACAACUAUGAAGAGAGGUCUAGGCUCCCCAGAUUGGCAUGAAUCUUUCAGCUUUCCAGGUCUGCCGCCCUUUGAAAAUUUGGAUGUCGUUGUUUGGAAAGAAAAGAAGCUUCACAAACCAUCGAUUCUCGGAACGACGCGCAUUGCGUUGGGCAACUUUCGGAGGGGUGACACCGUUGAGGGAUUUUUCCCGGUCAUGCAGGCUGGGUCGAUAGGGACUGAGGUUCAAGUCGGGGAUCUUCGUCUCAAAAUUCGCGUCGACGAGGAGAUUAUCCUACCCUAUUCCUCGUAUGCUGGUCUCUUAAAGACCUGUCAUUCACGUAACUUCUUGGACUGGAUGUCUGACUUGGAGAAUCGACUUAAACUGAAGAAUAUCUCGACACAUUUGAUGGCCAUUGCUGUGGCCAAAAACAAUGUCAUCGAGCAAGUGCAGAAAUAUGCCAGCCGAGAGGUUGACAACUCCUCAACAUCCCAUCAGACGUUAUUUCGUGGGAAUACCACUUUGACUAAGGUCAUUGAGCUUUGCAUGACAUGGUAUGGGAAAGCAUUUCUGGAGGCCAGUAUUGGCAACGUCCUACGGCGGCUUUGCGCAGAGAAGGUUGCCAUUGAGGUUGAUCCUGUCCGCAGCGGUAAAAGUACAAAGGACGUGGAACGGAAUGUUGAACAACUCAUAUACUGGUGUCAAGAGUUUUGGAAUCAGAUCUACUCGGUGCGAGCGGAGUGCCCAAAUGAGAUGCGGAUCCUCUUUCAGACUAUCCGCAGACUCGUUGAACAACGGUAUAAUCGGCCUGACCCUACAGCGAUAGACACCAACACCAACUUCCGCUGGCAAAGUGUAUCUGCGUUUUGCUUCCUUCGAUUCAUCGUUCCAGCUAUCCUCCAUCCCCAUCUAUUCGGGCUUUGUCCAGGCCUCCCUCCCCUUCCAGUGCAGCGGAGUCUUACGUUGAUAGCCAAGGUCAUUCAAAGUCUGGCUAAUCUGAAUGCUACCGUCCAGAAAGAAGCGUUCAUGCGCGGGGUCCAAGAAUUCCUCAAAAACAGCGUGCCCGCAAUGAUCGACUACAUUGCUAUUGUAUCAACUCCAGUGGAAGAAAACCCACCUCCACAUACCAGUGGUAACAUGAACAGACAUGAUCGACUUAACGUUGUUAAUGCUCUUCGGCAACGGACCAGCAAAAUGACGGUGCUGGACCGAGAAUCAGUGCCAAUUCUUCCACACCUGCUCGACAUCCCAAAACACCUAGCCAUCAUUACAUCGGCGGUCAUUCGCAGCUCGCGGGAUCUAAGCGCCCGUCCUCGAACGGGAGAUGAUGUCGAUUUAGCAGUGGACGAAUUCUGCUCGAAAUGCUUCGAGGUCGAAGAAGAAGCACUACGCCGCGUCAGUCAGCUGGCAACGAAACUUGCGUCAGAGAGCAGGCGCCCUUCGGUCCCUGAUAUUUCUGCGACUGGUACCGACCACCACCACGACAAUAUACCUCAUUCGCCCCUUUCGACGAUCACUAGUACAGUAAUAUCCGUGGCUGCUCCGCCCCGCAGACGGAAGUCGUCUCGUCCGUCGACUGCACCCUCCCCAGCUGGCUCUAACAGUCCAAGUCGGCGCCAGAUGUUUUUCAAUGAUAGUCUCACAAGUCCUCAAACCUUCACCCGUACAAUUCCAAACGAACAACGGGCCUGGGGCGGCCACAUGAAGGCACCUUCCACGGACUCAGCCCCGUCUCCGAUUAAUCACGAUAUACCCAUCCCCGUCCGCAUACCACGAACAACGGAACCUCCUGAUACAGACGAUGCUGGUAAACGGAAGAAGGGCUUGCUAAGAGGUAUCCUGAGACGAUGA